CCGCCCGGCGUCACUGCCACCUUAAAGCUACUUUCCAAAAAAGUCUUGGGUUGCUUUGCGGAGAAUUCCAGCCUUCCUUCUUACCAAAUCAAGACAAGCUUUGUUUUAUGUCCUGAGCUGCGGCGUGCUCACCCCUCAUUUUGUGUUUAGGCUCUCCUCUCCGGCUCAUUGAACACCUAUAGCCUUCUCUGUUUCAGACGCGUGCUUGUCCGAUAAACAACUAAGUCACCAUGGAUGCCAUCAAAAAGAAAAUGCAGAUGCUAAAACUGGACAAGGAAAACGCCAUCGACAGAGCUGAGCAAGCCGAAGGAGAUAAAAAGGCGUCUGAGGAUAAAGUCAAACAGUUGGAGGAAGAGCUCCAGGGCCUACAGAAGAAACUUAAAGGAACUGAAGAUGAGCUAGACAAGUACUCUGAAUCGCUGAAAGAUGCCCAGGAGAAACUGGAGCAGGCAGAGAAGAAAGCCACUGAUGCAGAAGCUGAAGUGGCCUCUCUGAACCGGCGUAUACAACUGGUAGAAGAAGAGUUGGACCGAGCUCAGGAACGCCUUGCCACUGCCUUGCAGAAGCUUGAGGAAGCUGAAAAGGCCGCUGAUGAAAGUGAGAGAGGUAUGAAGGUGAUUGAAAACAGAGCAAUGAAGGAUGAAGAAAAAAUGGAGAUUCAGGAGAUGCAACUGAAGGAAGCCAAGCAUAUUGCAGAAGAGGCAGACCGAAAAUACGAAGAGGUGGCCCGCAAGCUUGUUAUUCUGGAAGGUGAACUGGAAAGAUCGGAGGAGCGUGCUGAGGUUGCAGAAGCUCGAGUCAGACAGCUGGAAGAGGAGCUUAGAAUAAUGGACCAGAAUUUGAAAUCCCUGAUGUCAACAGAGGAAGAGUAUUCGCAAAAGGAAGACAAAUAUGAAGAAGAAAUAAAACUUCUAACAGAUAAGCUUAAAGAAGCUGAAACCCGUGCUGAGUUUGCUGAACGAUCUGUAGCAAAACUUGAAAAAACCAUUGAUGACUUGGAAGAUGAGGUGUAUUCUCAGAAGCUGAAAUGUAAGGCCAUCAGUGAGGAGCUGGACAAUGCUUUGAACGACAUGACAUCACUCUGAAGUGCACAGCCUCUCGCCUACUCCAUUCUUCUUCCAGCCUUUCUCUCUUUUCAGCCACUUCCUUGGAAUCUCUGUCUGUUCAUUUACUUUUGUUUUCUGUACACAUUCAUAUGUUGAACCCACUGUCUCUCCAGAAUAUUUUGGACAGAUUAAUGUUCUUAAGUUUCAUCAGUUCUGACCAAGUUAUUAAAUUCUUUAUGCCAUCAAUUCAACAUUUUCAAAUAUAAAUCAUACUGACACUCUGUAUUUGAUGCAAGUUAUUGCCUAAACUUGUCUGAUUUACUUUCUUCUGAAAAUAAAAGGAAUUAACAUUUAAUGAUGCAGAAAACUUGUUAAUUAGAACUUGCAUUUGAUUUGGAGGAUUACAAAGACUUCAUUUACCAAAUAAAAUUGUGGUUACCUCUCUCCCUUUUGUAGUAGUUAAUCUAAAAGUCAAAGGGCAUAUCACAUACACUGUUUUGUGUGCCAUGUCUUAAACAGAUCAAUGCCUACAUGGUAUAGUAAUUGUGAUUUAACACUAAAGUGAAAAAAACAUUCUUGUUUAUUGUUGUGGAAUGGCCCUUAUAAAGGGUUUGUCUUAGCACUUAUUAAAGUUUCCCAUCCCAGCCAAUUCAACGUUACAAUCCUGUUAUGGACAGAAUGGAACACAUAAAAUGAGAUUUCAAAAAUCACCCAAAUUUCACCUACUACAAUUAAGUUCUAAUCCACCUAAUUCAGGGUAUGUUAAUUGGUAAACUUUAUCUUUCCUACCCUUGUACUUUGAGCAAAUGAUAGCACCUAAAUUGCAAAUUGUCCUUUAAACAUUAGACAAAAGGCAGUUUCUUAGCGUCCAUUUAUCAGCUCAUAUCAAAUUUGUUGAUACAUGCACUUCUUUAUAAAACAUUUCGUUUUAUAUAUCUGUCUGGAGAUGUGCAUGUAACUAAUGGUAAAACAGUAAUAAUUGUUGAAAGUCUGGUAAGUGCUGUGUUAUUCAGUGUCUUCCAGUUUUUAAAACUCAUAAAAAUGGAAGCCUUGAACUUUUGGUUAAACGCAGAUAUGUCAGGCUGAUAGUUUUAAUUUUCCAGCAGGUUCAGUAGUGACUGUUGUACACAAAUAUGUCUUAUUUUUCUGUAUCCUAUCACCAGUUGCAUUAAAUGUCUGACUUUAUAGCUUCAACCUGUACUUGAGUAUAUUAUAAUAAAAAGUUGAGUCAAUGGGUUAAUACCUGUAUCCUUAGACUUGAAAAGUUAUCACUAGCUCCUUAUAAUUUCUUUCACUUGAUUUAAUUCUCCUAUUUUCUACUAAUUUCCAUCUUUGUUUUGCAUCUUAUUUUAUGUGACCCCUAAAUGAGAAAAACACUAAAUAAUAGAUGAAAUGUUGGAUGUCUGUAAAUGCCAUAUCCUUGUUCAGACCAUACAACUUUUGUUACUACUGUAUUCAUGUAAGUGUUCUGUAUACAAUAAUCAGUUUAUUAUCAAUGGUAGGCUACAAAGGAGAUAGACCGGGGGUACUUGCAUGUAUUUUCAUAGCUAAAAACAAAAAGUAGAAGAAUACAAACCCAUGCAACAUUUACAUGCAUGAAAGGAAGCAUCUGCUUACAUUAUUUAUUUCAAGUUGAAAUGAGUUAUAUUCAUUGUUUACUCAUCUCCUCUUGCUGUUAUUUUGAUGAAAGUUGUCACCAAUGAAAUUCUGGGUUUUAACCUUUCCAAAAUAUGAAUAGUGACCUUAAAAUUGGCAUCUGUAGUAAUAAAUGACAGAUUGACUUUCAGGCAUUCAUAGAUGGGCAGAGAUUGACCAUUCACAUAUACUGUUGGGUAAUAAUUUUAGUUUGAUCACUAAGAUGAUAUUUACCCAUUUACUAUAAGACAUUCCAAAUUGUAGGAAUGCAGGAAAAUCAAAUAAACAUACAUCCAUCCUGUUCAAAAUGAACAGGAAUUUAUUUGUAGUUAUUUAUUAAUAAAAGACUGACAACCUUUUAGGUACAUGGGUUUAAAAAGAAUAACAUGGCACACAUACUCUUCUUUAUAUAGUCUUCUGUUCUGGUAUAUAACUUCACUUUUGUUUCAUCCCUGCCCCAUCAAUAAAAUAAAAGGAACGCCUUUUA